AUGACGAUUGUAACGACUCUUCUUGAAUCGAAUAAGGCUAAAUGCUAUGCUCCGAGCUUCAUCACCGUUAAUCUCUGUCUUGCUCUUAUCGAUGGCGCUCUCGCUUUCAUCGCAUUCCUUCAGUUAUAUCGGUUUCACCGGCGGGAUAAACGAGUUGGAUGGACACGGCAAAAAGUGCUUCAUGUUAUGAUUGGAUCUUCAAACACUGGUUCUUUGGUUUAUUUUGUGGCUGCGGUUAUAGCAACUUGCACAAGGUGGCAUCAUUGGUCCAACGCAUUCGGCUUUCUACUUAUGGCGUUUCCGAAGAUUCUGUUUCUUGCAACGUUUCUCCUGCUUCUCUCUUUCUGGGUAGAUGUUUGCCAUCAAGGAAAUGGAGAGGAGGAGGAUGACGAUGAUGAAGAAAACAGCAUCCAUCAAGUGUUGCUCGAGAAAAGCAUGAGCAAAGGAGGCUCUUCGAAUGCAAGUGAUCGCAGAAAGUGUUGCUCUUUCCAUUGGCUUCAUGUCGGCACAAGGCAGAAGUUUGUUGUUGCGGUGGUUGUUCUUGUGUUCAUCUUGAUGAUAUCAUUUGCAAUCCUUAUCUGGAUUGCUUCUGGAAAUAACUCUGCAGAUCCUUCACUAUUGGCUGAGGUGUAUGUAGAUAUUUUCGCUUCAAUAAUCCUAAUCACAGGAGGAGGAAUAUGCUUCUAUGGUAUGCGUCUGCUCUUGAAUCUAAGGAAGGUACGGUCUGAACAAGUUUCAACAGAGAUGAGAAAGGUAUCAGGUUUAGCAGGCGUCUCAGUCGUAUGCUUCACCGUGAGCUCUUUAAUCGCUCUUCUCACACACAUUCCGCUUUUCUAUCAUUGGAACCCAAGUAAAUUGCACGGUGUCAAGGCAUUGGUUCUUAUGAUCAUAUACUAUUUCAUUGGUUCGACCGUACCAUUGGCUUUUGUUUUAUGGGUUUUGCGGGAGUUACCUCCUCAAGAGAUUAUGAGUAGACGAGAAGAACCAAGAAGAAUCACUUAUGUCAACUAUGAAAAUGUUCCAAGGCAGCAGCCUACUCAGCAGUGGACAUCCACAACCGUUUCUAAGAAUCAGGUUUCAAAGGCAAGUCCAAUAUGACACCAAAUAAACAUUAUAGCAAUAGCCUAAAGUGGAAAUUCGCCAAUGUUCUUCUCUUGUUACCGGAAAAAAAGAAACCUCGUGGAGUUGCGUAAUGGUUCUAAGACCAAACAAGGUGUGUUGUGCUAGAAGGAAACGAAUUAGAAUCAAGCUCGUUUUCUUCUCUCUUGCUCUCUGCAUUGGUCUUGGAAGAGAAAAGUUUGUUUAUAAGAUAGCAUGGAGGUUGAUUCCGUGGAAAGCUUUGUAAAUAUUUUUAUUUGAUUGCAGUUUCUUUUUAGUUAUAGUUACAUGAAGUGCGUGAUCUUGUGGAUACAUAUCUUACUUCUUGUUCAAAGGUUUUUUUAGCUGCUUUCUUUUUGGUUAACGGUUUUUUUAGGCUGUGUUGACAUCUUUAAAGUAUCCUUAAAGUAGCCUUUGUGACCCUUUUGGAUUUUUGUGAUAAGAGUUUCCUCUGUUUUCGCCUUCUCUCCGC